CAAGGCCUGGUAUCAUAGCAAGAUGCUGUCAGCAACUCCUUGAGGGCUUCGUAGCUCAGCUCGUAAUUGAAAGUCCAGCUUCGUGUGCAUUGUGCAGCUUGUUCGGAGAAACAUCGAACCUGCAUUUGGGCUCAAGCAUUUGCCUUGGCCAGUUCUGAGGUGAACUAAAACAUCGUUGACAUGAUUACCUGGAAGGAAAAGCCUCGGCGGUUUGUGGAGCCCCCCUUGGUGACCCACAUUGAAUGCACGGGCUUCAGCCAGGCCAUCGCGAAGGAAAGGAAGGCGGCCAAAAUUGAAAGUGAUGCCGCAGCUGAGCGAUUUGGGCCUGAAACGAUGGCACGCCCCAACGGGUAUUUAACAUUCUUCAAGAAGGACACAGGAAGUGCCUCCAAGGAACCGCGAUUCACAUAUGAUGCCGUGAAGGAUGAUUCGACCUAUGAUCCCUGUACUCCACGUGAUACAUGCCAUCCUCUUCAUACAGCCUCCGCUCGCAAAGCAUGCAAAGUGUCCUUGGCGACACGCUGGCAGCUUCGCAGCUCACAGGCUUAUGGCUGGCUCCCUCCAAUCGAUGAGCCAUCCUUCGGUUAUGGUCGAAGUGCUAUCUUCCUUGACAGCUCCAUGGACAAAUCUCAUCUGCAAAUCGGGGGUCCCUGGACAGCACGCUAAGCGUUCCUGUUCAAGUCAAGUUUCAUCCGAUGAUGGAUGGAUUCAUAGAAGAGCUAUGAAUCGUUCAAUUUUACCUUCCUUGGCACAAGAAAAAGCUGGGAUUGAUUUGGAAAGACGUACCUGGUUGCAAUGCCACAAGCCAAAGCGAGACCUUUUUGUUUGACGCCUUGAAGGCCCCACCACACAAAAAAAAACUCUAGGUAAGACUCGGACACCGAAAGAAAACGCCACGAUGCCGAAAGAACUGAAACCAAAGGACGGAACGCCGAUCGCUACUAGGAGCAAAGGGCAUCGCAACUAGGGGCUCCUGGCCCUACUACUAG